AUGAGGUUAUAAAUCUAGAUUAGAGUUAAACAAAUUAAAGAUCUCUUCAAUCUAUUGCAAAUGAAUCCAUUUCUGAUGAUUAAAAUUCUACUGCAGAAAAUUCUUAAGGAAAUAGCUCCUUGGCUGAAGAUGUAUCAUUUCUUUCUUAAAAAAAAUAAAUCUAAAUUCCCAUAGCAGCAAACUAGAACAAUUAAGUCAAUAAAAAUUAAAAUGUAGACUAUAUAUAUGAAAGUUAUGGAAAUAUUCCUAAUACUGUUCUAUAGUCAUGGGUACUUGCUUUAAUCCAAACUGGAGGAAUUGUAUGUCUUUUUUGUUGCUGCUUUACAAUAGGGGUUAAGAAAAAAUACAAGUAUAAAAAUGGUAGAGUAAGCUAAAAAUAUGAAUGCUGUGACUGCUUUAACAGCACCCCUAGAUACAAAGAAAAACAUUCUGAACUAAAUGAAGCCAUAAAACGAGGGAUAGUAGGAAAAUAAGAAGAUGAUAAAAAUUAAAUAAUUUAGGGUACCCAAAGUAAUUAAGUAAUGGAGUUAAGCUAGAUCCAUUAAGGAAAUAAUAGCAAUCAUAUUUUCUUGA